AGCAUGGACCCCAGAAACCAAACAGAUGUCUCUGAAUUCCGUCUCCUGGGACUGACCCAAGAUCCGGAACUGCAGCCCCUCCUCUUCAACCUGUUCCUGUCCAUAUAUGUGGUCACCGUUCUGGGCAAUCUGCUCAUCAUCCUGGCCGUCAUCUCGGACUCUCACCUGCACACCCCCAUGUACUUCUUCCUCUCCAACCUGUCCUUUAAUGACAUCUGCUUAAGCACCACCACGAUCCCAAAGAUGCUGGUGAACAUCCAAACCCAGACUCAGAGCAUCACCUACCUGGGUUGCCUCACCCAGGUCUGCUUUGUCUUGACUUUCGUUGGCCUGGAAAACUUCCUCCUUGCAGCAAUGGCCUAUGACCGCUACGUGGCCAUCUGCCACCCCCUGCAGUACAUGGUCAUCAUGAACCCCCGUGUGUGUGUCCUGCUGGUUCUAAUCUCUCUGCUCACGAGCAUUGGGAAUGCCCUGCUCCACAGUCUAAUGCUACUGCAACUGUCCUUCUGCACAGAGCCAGAGAUCCCCCACUUCUUCUGUGAACUUGGUCAGGUCAUCAAGCUCACCUGCUCUGACAUCCUCAUCAAUAACAUCCUGAUCUAUUUGGCAGCUGGUCUGUUUGGUGGUAUUCCUCUGUCUGGGAUCAUUUUCUCUUAUAUCCAAAUAGUCUCCUCUGUCUUGAGAAUGCCAUCAGCUCGGAGGAAGUACAAAGCCUUUUCCACCUGUGGCUCGCACCUCUCUCUUGUUUCCUUGUUCUAUGGGACGGCUUUUGGGGUGUACAUCAGUUCUGAAGUUGAUGACUCACCCGGGAAGACGGCAGUGGCAUCGGUGUUGUACACUGUGGUCCCACAGAUGCUGAACCCCUUUAUCUAUAGCCUAAGGAACAAGGACAUGCACAGAGCUUUGAGGAAAGUCAGCGGGAGGGUAUUCUCUCUUUUAUGA